CUCUGAGAUAGGAUGGGAUCCCACUGUGCUCUGCUAUCUUUACCCUAUUUCUAUGGCUGUGUAAUUAGGGAUACUGCGUGUGAUCUACUUGUUGUGCUCAUUCCCAAGGAUUCCUAAAGCGUGUACACCUCGUUGGUUACUUUUUUCCCCAGACAACAAGAAUCAACCUGUGGGUGGUGGUCGCAUCAGGAUGUUAUAUUUGUGGCUCUGGCAGGAAAAACAUUGUCUUCACUGAAGCCAUUAAAAUCUAGAGCGCUUUAAUCCAAACACCUGCUCUCCAAGCAGCAUUUAUGAAAGGGGGCGGGGGACACACAGACAAAGUGUGCAAGAGAAUUGAUUUCGGUUUAUGAAUGGCAGUGACAUGGAGGAAAUUCCGUUUCAGAAAGUCAAAACCAGGAGGAAGAAAGGCCACUGUCCCCUUAGAUCCCCUUUACACGAUAUCGCCUGCGAGGACGAGUUUGAUUGCAAAGAGCUGGAAUCUCUUUUCCAGAAUUACAACCUGAAAUUGGAGCAGACCUCGACUCUAAAAGCACUGGCCGUUUUGAUCAUAAUGACUUCAACUUUGGCCCUGGUGGAACUGAUGUCUGGCCCCAGCUUGACUAUUUCCAAAGGGUCCCAUCCAGUUCACUGCAUUAUUUUCGUGUCACUUUUCAUCGUCACCAAUGUCAAGUACUUGCAGGUGACCCAGCUGCAGCAAAUCGUCAAGCUGACCUUGCUCUUUAGCUUUACUUUUUCUUUCCUGUGCUGUCCAUUUUCACUCGGAGCUUAUGGUUUGGAGCCACCGACCUCCUCAGAGAAGGGGAUGUGGCAGUUAAUGUUAAUGACAUUUGUCGCUUAUUCCUUACUGCCAGUGCGGACUUUACUGGCCAUAGUAUUUGGAAUUAUGGUAUCUGUAUCUCAUAUCAUUGUCACCGCAACAUCUAUCACUGCCAAAAGACAGCGACUAUGGAGAACACUUGUAGCCAAUGCUGUCCUUUUUGCCAGUGUAAAUCUGUCUGGAGUGUUUGUGAGGAUUCUGACAGAAAGAACUCAGAGAAAAGCCUUUCUUCAGGCCAGAAACUGCAUAGAGGAGAGGCUGAGGCUGGAGGACGAGAAUGAGAAACAGGAGCGACUUCUAAUGAGCCUUCUGCCCAGAAAUGUGGCAAUGGAGAUGAAGGAAGACUUUUUAAAACCUCCUGAAAGGAUUUUUCACAAGAUCUAUAUUCAGAGACAUGACAAUGUCAGCAUCCUGUUUGCAGAUAUUGUGGGCUUCACAAGUUUGGCCUCUCAGUGCACAGCCCAGGAAUUGGUGAAGCUUUUAAAUGAACUCUUUGGAAAGUUUGAUGAGUUAGCCACUGAAAAUCACUGCAGGAGAAUCAAGAUCCUUGGGGAUUGCUAUUACUGUGUUUCUGGACUGACCCAACCAAAAACUGAUCAUGCUCACUGCUGUGUGGAAAUGGGAUUGGAUAUGAUUGAUACCAUCACGUCUGUAGCCGAAGCUACUGAGGUGGACCUGAACAUGAGAGUUGGACUUCACACAGGGAGGGUGCUUUGUGGGGUACUUGGCCUCCGCAAAUGGCAGUACGAUGUCUGGUCCAAUGAUGUGACCCUAGCAAAUGUAAUGGAAGCUGGUGGUUUACCUGGGAAGGUUCACAUUACAAAGACCACCCUGGAGUGCCUCAAUGGAGACUAUGAAGUAGAACCUGGAUAUGGCCAUGAGAGAAAUAAUUUUCUACAGAAGCAUAACAUUGAAACCUUUUUUAUUGUGCCAUCUCAUCGACGGAAGAUAUUCCCUGGAUUAAUCCUUUCAGACAUCAAACCUGCCAAAAAGAUGAAAUUCAAAACCGUUUGCUACUUACUCGUUCAGCUCAUGCACUGUCGAAAGAUGUUCAAAGCAGAGAUUCCCUUUUCUAACGUUAUGACUUGUGACGAUGAUGACAAGAGAAGGGCGCUCAGAACAGCUUCUGAAAAACUAAGAAAUCGCACUUCCUUUUCUACCAAUGUAAUACACAACACCCCUGGCACAAGGGUAAACAGAUAUAUCAGUCGACUCAUAGAGGCACGACAGACUGAGUCAGAGAUGGCAGACUUACAUUUCAUCACAUUAAUGUACAAACGUGCUGAGCGGGAGCAGAAAUAUCAUCAGCUUCACGAUGAAUACUUCACCAGUGCAGUAAUUCUCUCACUGAUCCUCGCUGCCUUAUUUGGCCUUGUCUACCUUCUAAUAAUACCACAGAGUACAGUUGUUCUUGUCCUCCUGGUAUUCUGCAUAUGUUUCCUAGUUGCUUGUAUUAUGUAUCUGCAUGUCACUAGAGUACAGUGUUUUCCAGGGUGCCUGACCAUACAAAUUAGAACAAUUUUGUGUGUGUUCAUAGUGGUCUUAAUUUACGCAGUGGCCCAAGGAUGCGUGGUUGGCUGUAUGCCACGGAUUUGGAACAACAACUCCAGCAGUUCUAUAGUGAUCAUCAACUCCAAUGGAGUGAAUAAAACAAUGGCAGAGCUGCCAUGCGAUACAGCCCACUAUGCUUUUCUCUCGUGUAUCGUUGGGACUCUAACCCUUGCAAUAUUUCUACGUGUUUCCUCAUUGGUAAAAAUGAUCCUGCUCUUCUUUGUCACUAUUUUGUAUAUAGUUAUUCUUGAAAUCAGUGGAUUCAGAAAAUCACUGGGGGGAGGUUCAUUUUACUUACGAGGAUAUGAACCCAUUUUAGCAAUGUUGCUGUUUUCCUGUGCUUUGGCACUUCACUCCAGACAACUGGACCUCAAGUUACGUCUGGACUACCUCUGGGCUAUACAGGCAGAAGAGGAGAGAGAUGACAUGGAAAGAGUAAAGCUUGACAACAAAAGGAUUUUAUUUAACCUACUUCCUGCACACGUUGCACAGCACUUUCUAAUGUCCAACCCAAGAAAUAUGGAUCUAUACUACCAAUCGUAUUCUCAAGUGGGUGUGAUGUUUGCUUCCAUUCCCAAUUUCAAUGAUUUCUACAUUGAGCUGGAUGGCAAUAACAUGGGUGUGGAAUGCUUGCGCCUAUUAAAUGAAAUCAUUGCUGAUUUUGAUGAGCUGAUGGACAAAGAUUGUUAUAAGGAUAUUGAAAAGAUUAAAACUAUUGGCAGCACCUACAUGGCAGCAGUGGGGUUAGUGCCUACAACUGGAACCAAGGCCAAAAAAUCAAUCUACACUCACCUAAGCACAGUGGCAGAUUUUGCUAUAGAGAUGUUUAAUGUACUAGAUGAAAUCAACUACCAGUCAUAUAAUGACUUUGUCUUAAGAGUUGGUAUCAAUGUUGGACCUGUAGUGGCAGGAGUCAUUGGGGCCAGGAGACCACAAUAUGACAUCUGGGGAAACACUGUUAAUGUAGCUAGCAGAAUGGACAGCACUGGAGUUCAAGGGAAAAUACAAAUAACUGAAGAUGUGUAUCGAAUACUCACGAAGUGCGACUAUGAGUUUGUGUGUCGGGGGAAGGUCAGUGUGAAAGGAAAAGGAGAAAUGCUGACAUAUUUCCUGGAGGGGAAAUCCAAUGGUCCUAACCUACAGACCAGGUCAGCGAGUCUUGAAAAGAAAAAGUACCCUUAUGGGAGAGCCAACGUUCAAACAAAGUUGGGCACUAGCUGCCCUUUAGUAUCAUCUGUAGCGAGUUUCACAGUGAAAGCUGGCCUUGGAACCAUUCAGGCCUCUAAUGCACUCUCAAACCAGACUGCGCAUUGCCUUCCAUCUGAGCAGGAAGCAUGAAAACAUACCAUUUUGGUCAAGGACAAGUUUUGAUUACAAGAGCGGCACAUUAAGCAAACUAUACAAUAAGUCUAUGGAAAGGCCAUCUCAAUAGAAAUUUCAAUUCAGUUAUGCCUGAAUUCUCAUCGGAAGGUGUUAGGUAAUCCAAGGAUCACUGCAAUCCAACCAAAGAGAACUUUGGGUUCCACUUAAAAUAACUUUUGGAAAGGUAACAAGGGCUAACAGUUUGUUAGGGCAGGUCCUAAUUUGAAGUUUGAAAGUGCUUAUACUUUUUACACUCUUAAUGUGCUUUUUUCCUGUUACCCAAACUGGAUGGACCAAAGUAAACAAUAAACAUUUCCAGUAAAGCAUCAGAGUUUAAACGGAGAAUAAAAGAUUGAAAUAUACCAAAAUGACUAUACCGGUAUAUAACAAUAAGUCAAUUUUACUUAAGAAGGCAAGAAAUCUUCCUUUUAUGUUUCUUCAAAAUGUUCUGUUACUUGGAAGAGAAUGGGGCUGAUUUAAUCAACAUACUUUGACAUUUUAAGAACUUUACAUGAUAUGUGAUACUAUGUGUGAUACCCCAAGCCAGUAAUAAUCAAAAGAGUAUAAAAUGUUCCAUUCCAGUCCACGGAGACUAAUAUGUAUUUUCAUCCUGGGGGUGGAGAAUGGGGGGAACGGGGUAAUAUAACUGCUGUUAAUAGAACCAUGAAUGACAUUUCUUUAUGCCAAGAUGGAGUGGUCAUUAUAACCCUACAGCUAACCAUGUAAUAAGCAAUCCCCUUUACAGCCUUAAUAAUUAGACUGACCUCCAAGAAUUAAGAAUAAAGGAAUGUUGGGUCCAUCUUACUUCUUGUUAUGAUUGCAAACAUGUAGUAGUUUCUCCCCAAUGGUUAAUUAUUCCCCCAAUCCCACUCAAUACUUCAUGUUCCUCUUUUGGAGGAUAUUUUGUUAUUCCCUGCUUCCAUCUGCCACUAGGAUCAGAAUGAAAGAGAUUUAAAAUCUGACUCAUACAUUACUAUUGGCAGCAGAGCAAUAUCAAUAUGCUUUAAAAGGCACAUAAGGACCUUUUUAUUUUAUUGUGUUACAUGUUCCCAUGUGUUGCUACAACGGUUUAUGUAAGGUGUGUGUAUUGUUUUAUUGUGACCACUUUUUUAAACUUUUAAAUUGCAUUUCCUGCCUCAAGAUGGCCUCCCAUGUACCCGCAUGGACCUCUCAGAACUACAUUUCCCAUCAUCCUCCUGCUCACUGGUAAGAAAUUUCUAUGGCCCAAUCAAUCUGAUGGAUGAGUAACAUAAAGAGCAUCCAAGUGAUGCCCAGUGUCGUACAGCAUUUUUUAAUUUAGGAACAAAAACACAUGUUAUCUCUGUUUAGUAUGUUGGUUGAUGAAAACUAUUCAUGCUUAAUAGGUAUAUGAGCAAAUAGCCCAAAGGUUAAGCAUGAUAUAUUUAAUUCUACCCUGUCAAUUGAAAUGAUGGUAUUCAUGGCAAACCUAGUUGAGGUGAGAAAAAAGUGUGAGUACAUUCAACUCAAUUUAAUGUUGAAGAUAGAUAAGUAGAAAGAAAACAGUAAAGGUGAAGUAAACCCAUAAAGAGGUACAAUUUCACUUUUGGACAAUGUACAAAACAUAUACAAAUACAUGCUUAAUACUCAACAAGAUAAGAAUGUAACUGAUUUCCACUUUUUACUGAAGGCCAUGUUAAGUGUGAAAAAGAAAAUACAGCUCACCUUUAAAGUUCCAGGCCCCUGCCAGAAUAAUAUUCUGAAGUACAGUAUAAUAUGAAAAAAAAACUGCGGCAAAAAAAGCAUUGUGUCAAAAUCUACAUAAUUAUUGUUACAGCAGUGGUCACCCAGUGUACUGUUAAGUUGACAUAUUGUAAAUAUGGAUCAUACUUGAGGAUCUCAAAAGGCUCUCUCCUAAUACAGAAUUGCAAUGAUGAUGUUUUCAAGAAAUGUUUUAAAAUGUUGCACUUACAAAGGUUUGUUUGGUAUUUAUUUGCCCAUAGUGUAAAUGGACCAUCAUAGAUUCCUGAAUGCAUUCCAUAAUCCAUACAGUGUGAAAUGCAGUACUAGUAACUUGCCUGAUGUUUCCAUUCUUACAGUACACACUCAGGAACUAAUUAGUUCUAAUCUUCCAAAUGAAAUGUCUUAAUAUGAUAUCAUAGGGGAACAUCUUCAAAUGUGCUAAUCCCUUAAAAAAAAGAAACAUUUUAUAUUAAUGUAGACUUUUGAUUAUACUUGAUUAGUUCAGUGGGACAGGAACAGGCUGAUACUAUGGGACGACCUGGAUUGUUUUGUUUGUGGAUUUUGGGAAGUAAAUAGAAAUGACACAGCAAGGGUUUUCUACAAUUAGGUUCUGUGCAGAACAGGUUUUUUAGGAUGGCGUUAUCAAUAGUGGAAAUCAGAGUGUCUUGUAAUUUUGGACUGAUAUUAUUAUCAUUAUUAGUGUAGAAGAUGGUAUAGGAGAGUUCUACCUUCUCUGAAACCUGUUCCUAUAUAUAUAUACUGUAUAUAUACAGUGUCUGUGUAUAUAUAUAUAAUAUAUAAUCAGUCUUUUGCUUUAAAAAAUAUUUUGUAUUGCAGUGUGAUUUUUUUUUUAAUUUAAUGAUUAAAAAAUAUCUGUGUUUUGUUGCCUUAUUAAUUUUUAACCAUCUACAGUGUUUAAAAUGUUUGCCUUUUGAAUAUUCACUUCAAAUAUGUUGUAAAUAGGUUGAACUACACAGUAUACAUGAUGUAAUCUGCAGAGAAGGCACACUUUCAAACAAAAUGACAAGUUUUUAUAAUGAAUCAACUUUUGUGUAAAUAUAAAACAGUAUAGCCCAGAAGUUUAUAUAUACUGGAUUGAAUUUUUUAAGUAUAUAAAAAAAGCAUUAUUACUGGUCAAACCAUGCACACAGUAUAAGGCAAAUGUUAACAUCCUCAACCAAUAAUGUUAAGUGGCAAUGAGCAAUUAUAAUUUCUGCCAACUAAGAUUGAACCUGCCAUUAAUUCAGUAAAACAUACAGUUUAACUUAGCCAUCUUUUAAAAUAAAAUAACAUUUUAUUGAUAUUGCAAUAAACUACAGUAUAUAAGCUAUAUACAUGGUAUUAGUAUUAUGCUGGGUAACCUGAACAAACAGUAUUUACAUGUGUUCUCCCGAAGAAUAUCAAAAUCUAUGGUUUGCACAAAUGUUAAGGAAUCUAUCAUAAGAAAUGUAUAGGCAUGCAGGAAGCUUGUAUUAGCUGUUUGUGUUUAUGCCAUUGGUAACUAUGUGGUGGUCAAUUGCUGAUGUCAUUUUUGUAUUUCAGCAUGUCCUUGAUUCAAUAUAAUUUCAAUGCAAGUUUACACUGAUACUAUACAGAUUUCCGCUAGACAGUUUGUGACCUUAAUUAGAAUGAAAGUGACAUUUUGUGAAAAUGCAAAGCACACAGUUAUCAUCUCCAUGUUCCCAUAUGCUCUGUCUGUAAGGUAUUGAAGUGCUUUAUAUCUAAUCUCCCUGCAGUUACUCAACAGUUUUAAUCUUGGUUUUCAGUUCUGCAUGUAACUCUCACUUAGUACACAGCCUUACUUUGUCAUGGGUUUUAAAGCUAUAGUUUCAUAUAUAACUGUGACCAAUGUAGCUGAAAUCCAGAAAACCCAACUGUUUAUGUGUGUAAGCAUGGACUAUAAACUGUGCUUCAGGUGCAAUGUAUGAUGGCGCCAAAUGCCUACUUGAAUGUAAAGUUUAAUUUCCUAGAUUCACAAGUGUGCUCUAAAUACAGUCAGCACUAUAAAGAGCCAAUGUGGGAAACCUUCACUUAAUGUAACAACAUGUAGGAAAUCAGAGGAAGGAAGGAAUGUAAACAGAAUAGGUCUCAGUAUUCAGUGUUUUCUUUUUUUAUUCAGGUUGUGGUUGCACAUGAUAUUAGGCCCAAAUCCUUUACUCUGAAAAGCUUGGUUUGAAUGCUGACAGAGUAGUACCUUGGGUUCAUUUUGUACAAGAGUUCCUGCCAGUUAAGGUAAACUGUUAUUUCUUAGUACAGCCGCAUAGUGUUUGUUGAGGUUCCAAGUGUUUCUGCUUUUUGUUAUACAACUCUUUGUGCAAUCAGAAACUAUGUGGUGCAUUGUAGUUUUUGUGGGCUCUAUGUUUUCAGGGGCCAAACAAGAAACAUAUUGUAGCAGUAGAAGAUAAAAUUGUAGGCUGGAGGUGUUAUAUUUUCUAAAUAUCGUGGCCUACUUAAUUCUUUGUAACCAUUUGCAAUAGGUCUGUCUCAUUGUACAAUCACUAGUAAACAUGUAUGCUUUAAAUGUUAAUUAGCUAUUUACAGAUAUUAAUACGGGUCUAUUUUGUAAGUAAAUACAAUAUUGUAGAGUAUCUUCCAGUCUUUUACAAAAGUGGUAAACUAAUCUGAACAACUGAAUAUUUGUCCUAUUUCUAUGUUUCAAGUGGAUUGAUUAAAAUGUUAAAUGUGAAUGUACAUUUCUUAUUGCAACUUUUAUACUGAGUGUUUGCACUAAUAUAAUUAAUUGAGCAUUAUGAGAAAAAAGGUGAAGAAAAUCAUUGCUGAAUUAAAACAUUGUUUAUAAUUUAAUAUGUGUGUUUGUGUGUGACCAAUCAGUGAAUCAGUCACAGAAAAAGUAUUGACUUACACAAAGAACUCCAAAAGUGAAUGUAAAAACAUGAAACAAUUUUUUCUCAUUAUUUCUCUGUAAUUUUAGAGUGUAUUUGGAGCUACUUGUAGACCACCAAACUCCAUUUCAAACUGUAUUGGUUAUCACAGCUGAAGGAUCUGGAUUUAACAUAGUAAAAAUGUGUAUGAUGGUACAUGGAAGAAUAUCAGAUUGCUCACUGUUCAAACUGCAGUGAAAAAAAUGUAUAAUACAGUAAAAAUAAAACUGUAUAUUACAAUAUUUUGUAAAAUGUUAGUUACACAUGGGUUGAUUACAAUGGUAAAUGUGUAUUGCAACUAUAAUUGUGUUCACUGUUAUAGUGCACAUUUCUGUUGUAAGGGUAUGUCAUAUUUUCUUAUGCAUUGUACCUAGUCUUUAAGUUAUGUUUCUGUCAUGUUUUGUUUCAAUGUUUACAACUUUGAAAAUGUUCAAAUCUUUUAUCAAAAGUUGUUCGGGUUAGAAUUGUAAACUUGGUUGUUUUUCUGCAAGGAGAAUCCACCCCUAACCAACACGUCAUCAGCAAGCGCAUAAAGGCUCGUGUGUUAUUCUUCCAUGUCGCUUCUUUUGUUUCGGCCUCUCAGUCACGCGCUGGGAAGCCGAAACAGGAGUCGACCGCUUAGAGCCUGGAGGAAGGGCUACACUCAACCAUGGACUCCCUGAGGUUUCCCCAUACAUCAAAAAUUAAAAAUAUGUGAGUAGGGGGGGUUUCCUUACCUGAGUGCUGAGCGGUCCGUAUUUAGUUCUGUGGGGUGUGUGGUCAGGCUGGAGAGGCUGGGCUCUUUCCCCCAGCGCAGUCAUGCUCUAUGGGACAAGCUGUGUCUCACCUGCUCAUUUUCAUGAAUUUUUCAAUAUUUUGGGGGGUAGGUGGCAGUGCACCACGUGGAGUGCGUUAAUCAUUAUUAUUAUUUUUCCAUUCAUUGUCUUUUGGGGGAGGUGGCCCAUAGCCACUUCCUAGCUGCAGCACUGGGAUGCAUGUAACUGUUCAUGUUUUUCCAGCCGGCCUCGCACAGGUAGCCGUCGAGCACCCAUGGACGAGGCCUCUGGCCAAAUUUAUAAUUCACUCAGGCCCAGAGCGCCCAUCACAGUCAUCAGGCCCUGAGCGCCCAUCACUGUUCAUUAAGUCAUCUGCAAUUGCAAUCAAUAAAUCAUUCAUUCAUUGUGGAUUCUCCGUGCUGAAUUGUUAUUUAGAAAAAAUGCAAUUUUGUUUUUACUUAUAAAAUAGAACAACAUUGUGCCAUGUGCCAUCAUACAGCUAUAUCUGGACAUGUUUUGGUUAAAAGCUCUUCAUUGUCCAUGUUUACAAUACAAAAAAGUAAAUAGUAUGCUGUUAGCCGUACCUUUGUUAUAAAAUAUUUCCGAUACCUGCUUUUUAAGAUGUGGUAAAAGUAAAAACAUGUAUAAUACAUGUUUUUAAAAAAAUCCCAUCAGAAGUCUAUUAUAACAGUUCAGUUCAAUUGAGUACUGGGUUUGUGUCUAUCCCACUCUCAAGGAACUCUUCUUUAAAAUCAAUUGCUUUUAACAGGUAGGAUUCUACCAAUUCUGUAAAGCUGUGAUGUUGGUACAGUAGUAAUGCAGCUAUUAUGUAGGCUAUUCCAUACCCCCUGUAAGUAGUUUGAAUACUAUAUCUCAUUUUUUAUGCAUAUCAUUUUAACACUGGACUUUUUUUACCUAAUACUUGAAUAAUGAUGAAAUAAGAGAAUCAAACUUGCAUUGCCUGUGCUAACCCUUUGCUGCCAGUGUCCAAUAUAUUUGACAUUAAGAAAAUGGGUAUUAAGUAGGUAUGGGAGCAUACCUAGGUAGUAAAGGAUUACAAUUAUAUUUUUUGAAAAAAUAUUAGAGUAAUAAGAAGAGAGAGUUGGUAAUCAAACCAGAACUACAGGUUUAAAAAGCGGCUACUCUACCACAUGUUGUCUUAUAAGAAUGCAAACAAUCUCAAACUAUUACAAAAGCCGAUGCCCAUGCACUACAUUUCAAGACGGGUUGAUUCCUGUUCAAGUGUGAAAGAGAAGCACGACAGACAGCUAAAAUGAAAUAUCUGCCAACACCUUACUGGUAGAUUUGUAUGCAUUUAAAUGGUAAAUGCUUGCCAUUAGGAUACAAAUGCUCAAUUAAACAAUGUUUUUUUCUUAUGUUAUUUUGAAUAAUAAAGGUAACAAUAGCACAGUUACAUUUAUAGCUGUACAGAGUGUUUCAAGGAAGCAUGUUGUUGUAAUGCCUAGAGACAGUGAUUCUUUAAAUAAACUUUUUUUUUUUUUUUUAAAUGUGAGAGUAUUUUAAAUAAACAUUCAUUAAAUAACCCAGUCAAGCAUCACAAAUGUUUUUGAAAAGUGUCUGUCUGUGACUUUAAGUUAGACAUUUUGGAAUUGUUGUAGUUAUCAGAAUUUGUUCAUCGGUGUUGUGAUCGGUACGAUACACUGCAAGCCAA